UCUGAGUAGGAUUUUAGUUCGAAAUGGUAGGAAACGCUUGCUGUCAAAUGAAUUGAAUUUUAUUACUUAAAAUAUUUAUUCAUCGACAAUGACGUCAAGAAAGAUUUCAUUUUGAAGUUUGCCAAAUUGUGAAACCGGUUUUUUAUUUGUGUUUUGACCUUUUGUAUAUUUUUUGUACCCUUUGUUAGAAUCCUAAGCAAUAUGUCAGAUUCAGCACCUUAAGCUGGAACAGCGAGAACACAGCAAUAAUAUCUCAUUAACACUUAAAAAUCCACAUAUUGGCCAACACUGAAUACAAGAUUUUGCGAACUGGAAAUACACGCACAACAAAUGAUUGGCACUGAGGAUAUGUCCACAUCGACUGGCAUGGAUAUUAGUGAAUCCUUUCGUACCGAGGAUCUCUCAAAAACGGAUUUCUUCGACUUCGUCACAGCUCCGGACAUGGGCAUUGGCAUCGGUGUUGGGGUGGACGUGGGGGUGGGCGUUAGCCUGCAGCAGCAGCAUCAUCAGCAGCAGCACACACAACAGCACAACAGUCACAACCAUAGCCAAGGUCAUCAGCCAACGACAUCACAAACGCCCCAGCAGGCCAUCUGCGGCGGCGGGGCAAGAACCACCAGCAGCAUGACACACGACGGCGGCGAGGGCGGUGGCGGCGGCAUUCCAGUGAGCAGUCGUAAUGGCAGCACCAGCAAUGGCGGCGGCGGCGAUCCCACGUUACAGGGCUACGAGUUUUGGCAUCAGGACAAGGAUACCAGCCGCCUUGACUCCAGCUCUAUCUUCGAGGACCUCGAUCGAUACUGCUGGCAGCAGCAGCCGAUCACAGCCAGCGCUACGACCACCGUUAACGCCAGCAGUGUGCGAUGUCCUAACCAGCCAAGUCCCACCUCUCCGCAGUCGCAUCCACACCCACAUUCACAUCCACAUCAGCAGCAACAGCAACAGCAACAACAACAACAACAGCCCAAUGCCAGCAGCUCCUCGAGUGCUGCGGGCAGCAGCAGCGAUACCAUAAGCAGCCUGGACACAACUGACGGCCAGAUUUACACAUUGACAGUAUUAAAUGGAGGCGAGCCUUGGCUAAAGCGUGCCGAGACGGAGCAACUGCCCAGCGCACUGGAUUUGGAUAGUUUGCUGGGCAGCUUUCCGGGCUAUAUCAAAUCAGAAUAUCCUUACGAUGACAGCGGCUUCAGUACGGAUGGCAAGGAUGUGAUUGUCAGUGGUGCAGAUGUCAAUGGCCUCAGCAGUAUUUCCCAGUCCCAGCCACACGGACAGACGCUACCCUCACUGGUAACGGCCAUUUCCAUAGCAGGUGGCGGGGUCAACGAGCUGGGCCAACAGCUGGCACAGUUUCAGAAUAACAAUAACGACUGGCACAUGGCCGAUCACAACGCGGAGGCGGAACAGAACUCUGCGGAAUCGCUGCUGCGCAGCGCUCUUCAAGGCAAGGGCUACGCCAAGGGCCUGCACAUGCAGAAUGGUCUAGCAUUGCCUGUGGUCAAGGAUGAUGAAAUGCGGAGGCUACUCUUUACACCAGAUGAUGCGGCGGAUGCUUUGGGCUUUGCGGACUCAACGCUAAAUACCGCGCAAAUGUUUGAGGAUGCACAGGCCAUGAGCCAUGAAGCCGGCGGUACGCACAUGUCCUCGUCGAAUCACGGCCAGCAUGGUGGCAAUGCCAGCAUCAUUGUGGAUGAUAUGUUCCUGUCGCUGGAGAAUGCUUUUAGCGAUGACUUUGAGAAAAUCAAGCGCAUUGCCAAUGAGGUGCAGCAAUUCUGCAGUGCCAACACGGGCACACCAACGCCUGGAGACUAUAGCAGCAGCGAUGUGCUCAUGCAGAUGUCACCGAGCGCGACAACAGCAGCCACAACACAGCUACAGCCCCUGGCCAAUGCCCAACAGCAACAGCAGCAGCCACCGCCCCCACAGCCCCUCAAGCCAGAGGUGUCCACAUCGACAACAGCCACCGCUGUGGGCACAUCUGUGGCAGGUAGUCGCCUUGGUGGCGUUAGCAAGCCCAAGAAGCAAUACAAGCGUAGCAACAGCAGCGCCAACAGCUCAAACAACAACAAUAACAAUAACAACAAUAAUCCUAAUGUGGCCAACAACAACAAUAACAGCAAUAACAACAGCAGCAACGUUCUGGGUGUGGUCAUUGGCAAUGGUGGCAGCUCCUCCUCAAGCGGCAGCGCCAGCAGCAGCAGCAAUAGUCCGCCUGCCAACUGCAACGCCAGCGGUAGCUCGGCCAGCAGUGGCGGUGGCCAGCGCAAGGAGCGUUCACUCCACUAUUGCUCCAUAUGCUCCAAAGGCUUCAAGGACAAAUACUCAGUGAAUGUGCACAUACGCACGCACACGGGCGAGAAGCCCUUUGCGUGCUCGCUGUGUGGCAAAAGCUUCAGGCAAAAGGCACACCUGGCCAAACACUAUCAGACACACAUGACCCAGAAGAACAAUGGCAACCUGAUCAAAGGCAGUUCCGCCAAGCAUCAGCGUGGUGGCUCCAAUGCAGCUAACUCCGGUGCAAGCCUUGGCCAACAGCGACAGCUCAGCGCGGUGGCCACCGCGGUGGCCAGCCCCAGUUUAAUGAGCGCCGGCGUCGUGCUGAGUGGGCCAAAUACGCCGCCUGGCGUAUUGCCGCCUGCCAAUGGUCUGCUGGCGAACCGGUAGUGUGCCGACCUUGGCUUUUAUAUAUGUAUAGGCUAUGUUCCACAAAACAGCAAACUAUUUCUUGUUCCUUACUAACAGCAAACAAAACAAAAUGAAAAACUAAGAUAACUACUUGAAUACUCUUGGGAAAUUAUUUCCUAGAAAAUGAUCUUUCCUGAUCGAAAUAAUGUCAUUGAUGAAUUCCUAUCUCAGCUUUCUGUGCAAUUCCUAUAUCACAAACACAUCAAGACAAAAUCACAAACUCACUAAAUGCACUUCCAAAUAAAAUACUCAAUUUUAUUUUAUACCUAAAACACACACACACAUAAACACACACAAAUUAAUUUUAAAUGUGCCAAAUUUAAAGCAAGAUAAAAUAACAAGCAAUUUUAAAUAAUAAUUAAUUAAUUAUAGAAAUAAAAAAGUUAAAAUGAAGCUAAUAAGCAAAUUUACGAGUGGUGAUAUAAAAUGAGGCCAAACGCUUCCUUGCAACAAAUAAAAUCUAUGAACUCACCCACAUUGUUUCUGUAACUAAUUACGUUAAAUAAAUUAAAUAAUUAUAUUAUAACAAUAA